UCGGAAUUUCCUCUACACGUUAUACUGCGAUUAACCUGGUUUCCACGAAAAACCUACAGAGUAACGUAUACGUUUAAUUCGUGUGCGAGAGUCGAUCUCCCGCCGAUGCGACUAGGCCGAGCGGCGGGGCAACGCGCUACGACAGCUGCAGCAACCGAUGCACCUCCUCCUUCGAUACGUCGACUUCCCAUCGCUGUAUAUCUUCAGCCUUGACCACGGCGCGCGGGUACACCCCCAAUGGCGACUUCAUGCUCGUCAACCCGAGCAGAGUCUGUCGGCCGUUCAACGCUCCCACGAGGCCUUCCACGACAGCCCUACAGCACACGUUCCCAUCAGCCUUGCACACGAUGGCGAGAAUCGUGCCCUUUCGACAGUGUAAUCAGUGCCGUCUUGUCUUGGACUGCGCUAUAAUACCGCAGAGCUCUCCACCGGCUCGCCUCGGCCAUGGUCGCAGCGUGGUUUGUGCCAACACAACACGACGACGACCUGCUUUGAGUCGCUUUUUGUUACCACGAGGUUGGUUUGGGACUUGAUUUGUUCAAACAUGGUCACGUUUUGUGAAUUGAACCGGACUGCCUGCCUGUGAUUGGUCGAAUCUUUUCGAAGAGGGGUGUGAGGCGUCACUUUCCAACUGGACACGAUGUCCACGGUGGCGGCGGCUCUGCGGCGCUGGAGCCCGAUCCUGGCGCCAUUCUUCACGGUGGCUACGCUCAUCAUCUGUAUCGUCAUCACGAAGACCAAGGACAUCUAUGUCGGGUCGCUCGCCUGGCCGUACUUCUCGGAUAUGGGGCGUGAUGAUCCUGCGUACUACGUCUUCGCCACGGGAUUGUGUCUCACGGCACUCUUCCUCGCUCUCACGUGGAUCUUCAACUACCAACACCAAAUUGAUAUGCUGACCCAACCCAAUUCAAAAGCGACGCCUGCGCUGUCUCGAUGCAGCUUUGCCGCGUCCGCAAUGGGCGCGGUUGCCACAAUCGGGUUGCCCAUCUUAUCCAUCUAUCGCGUGUCCUACGAUCAUCCGGAGAUCCACAACUACGCCGCGUACUUCUUCUUUAUCUUCCAAGCGGCUGCCGUGCUUCUCAACACGUACGUGACCCGCCGCAUCCUUGUCCUCGCCACCUCGUCUCCGCAUGGGACGUUCCCAGUUGGGGGCCUCCGUACCACCUGGCGCAUCCAACUCGUCUUUGCGCUGUGCUUCCUCGUCGCGUUUGUCUUGUACAUCCCUGUGGGCCUCGCGAUCGUGUGUUCGUUUGAGCGCCUCACCAUUGUCAAGUGCUUGAGCGAAGGCCUCGGCGCCGACUACUGCACGACCACCAUGCGCUUCGACGAUACGUAUACCAAACUGUACGACUACAGCAACUGCGGCGGCAUCAACCAGCUCCGAUCGGCGUCUCAGUUGGUGUGCAUUCUCACGCUGGUCGGGUACGCGCUGUCGUUCGUGACGCACGAGGAGGUCGCACAGACCGGCCAUUCCAUUGCCGCGCCGUCCGCCGCCGUCUGACCCAAGGGCGUAGAGAGCAGUAAUGCCUGCCGCCGUCCGCGCUUCUCCAUGCUGUGUGGUGUCGCAGCAACGAGUACUAAACCCCACGUUGCCCCACGCUCGAAAAAAAAUUCCAACCCUAUCAUCGCCCGAAUUCAACUUUCAUUUGAUCAACGUAUGCCGUCGUCGGCACACAUAUAAAAAUACAUCUGCUUCGCGACAAUUAG